AGAUACGGGCUUGGCGCCCUACGGCCCCUCCAACCAAUGGGGUUCUGCACGAGAACAUUUUUUAUACAAACGUCACCGUGGAAAGAAUAGUACUGUGCUGCGAUCUAAAGUACACACAACAGAUUACAAUCCAAAUGUGGCAGAUAUAGACACAGAAAAAGGUCAAGCUUAUUUUUAUCAUGCCUUCUCAACCACCCAUCCCACAUCUGCUCACGCCAUAUGUCACCCCGCCCCGCUCAUCACUCUCCCUGGUCACAUCCGUGCUGAGCGCAACGGGCAAUUGGCUGGUCUUGAGAAUACUGUUCGCGGCCCUGGGUACUGGCCGGAAUGGCGUUACCCCGGGAAUCGGGCUCCAGAGUGGUGAUGGUGUUGGGGAGUUUGGUGGGAGUAGGAAGAAAGUUGUGCUGUUGAGCUUUUUGCGGGGGUGGGAUUUUUGGAAAUCAGAGGCGAAGAGAUUGGGCCUUGAUAUAGGCCGUCUGUCAGAACAAGGACGGUUCGCUUUCAUCGACGGACUCUCAGAACUAUUUCAUUCAUCCACUCCUACACCCGCAGUAGCUCCAUCACCAUUCACAGCACAACCAGCUGCUGUACCUUCGAGAGGGACACUCCCAGUCCGCUCUGCACCUGGUGCUCUUCGGACACCGGCGCAACCAGCGCAACCGGCUCCAGCAGUUGGCAAAGCUCCAUCCGGCUCAGAACCGGUAAAGAGGCUGCAUCUCUCUGGGCGCGGCCAGGCUGCACUUGAUACGUUAGAGAAGGACAUCGUCGCCGUGAUUAACGGGCUGAGGGGAAAGAAGGGGCCCGGAAAUGAUGACGAAAGUGAGAUAUUGCUAGUUAUUGACCAGCCAGACCUACUACUAGCUGCAACGGGACUGAGUCAUGGGAUUUCUGCUACGGAUAUGGGAGAAUGGAUAAUGGGACUACAACAGCACGUCUACUCGACAGUUGUUACAUUAGCCGCAGAUUCACCAUUGAUACACAAUGCAUCUGCUUUCGCCCAGCAGCAGCAAGCGACACCACUGGAAACAGAGCAUGCAGCAUUUGUUGUUGGUCUUGCGCAUAGGGCUUCGAUGGUGAUGCAGCUUCGGAAUCUGGACACAGGAGCCGCUAAGGAUGUCAGCGGAGUGCUGAGAAUCAGCAAAGGUGGAGGGCCGGAUCAGGAAACCGGCGAGGGCGCAUGGGAGGAGAAAGAAGUCUUGUACUUCGUUCAGCGCGAUGGAGGCGUAAGGGUCUUCGGACGGGGCGAAUGAAUCGAGAGUUUCUGUGAAACCUCCUCGAACAGCGGCGUUUAGGAGUUAUCUCAAUCAGACCUGUCCUGGGAUUGAAUUGGGUGAGAGUAAUAGGGAGA